GUGGCAAUUGGGUUAAGAUCUUUUCCGGCUCGUGAGCAGGAUGAGACAAUCUCCCAGUUCUAUAAUACAGCUUUGCUUCAGAGUAGUAUAAGUUGGGACGAUGUCAGUGGGAAACUCUGGCUGCGAUAGACACCAUCUUCCUAGUGAUGCGCAACAUCAUGUUUAACCUUAUUUGGCAGGCAUUACUUGCCAGUUCCGUUGCAGCGUUACCAAGUCUUUCCAGCAGAGACAGCCAGCCUACGGUCGCGGUCAAGAACGGCACCUACACGGGCAUUCACCUCUCUGAUUACAACCAGGAUGCAUUCCUUGGGAUUCCAUAUGCCCAACCUCCUGUCGGUGACCUGCGAUUCAGCAACCCAGCAUCGCUCGAUAGUAGUUGGACAGGAUCUCGGGACGCUAAGAGUCUUUCUGCGUCGUGCGUAGGCUAUGGUCCUUCUCAACUCGGCUACGAGACUAGCGAGGCAAGUAUCAUUCUGCUGUACGGGUUAUGCAUGAACGACUGCCUCUACCUGAAUGUGUGGCGACCGUCAGGGCGCCAGCAUGGAAAGCUACCAGUUGUUGUAUGGAUUCACGGCGGUGGCUAUGUCCAGGGAGCCGGAAGUGAUUUGCGUUACAACUUAUCCUUCCUGGUUGACCAGUCCAAGACCAUUGCCCACCCCGUAAUAGGCGUCAGUCUCAACUAUCGCUUGAGGGCCUGGGGCUUCCUGAACUCCAAGGAGUUCUUCGAGACCGGCUCAUCAAACAUGGGUCUCCGCGAUCAGCGCCUGUCUCUUCACUGGAUCAAGGAGAACAUUGCUGCUUUUGGUGGUGAUCCCGACCAGAUCACUAUCUGGGGCCAGAGCGCCGGCGCGGGUUCUGUCGGAUCCCAGAUUCUCGCGUACGACGGUCGCGAUGACGGACUGUUCCAUCAAGCCAUCAUGGAGAGCGGUGGGCCGCUCUCUCUCAACUCGCAGACUGAUUUGGCAGAAGAGUCUUGGAACCUGCUAUUGGAGAAGACCGACUGCCAUACGUCCUGCGAGCCUACUGAAUGCCUUCGCGGGCUGUCGUUUGAAGAUCUCAAUUCCGUUAUCAACACUACUGAGCUAUCGGGUCCUUGGAGACCCAAGAUUGAUAACGACCUCAUAGCUCGCCAUUCUUCACGACAGCUUGCUGACGGUAACUUCGUCAAGAUACCGAUUAUUAUUGGCGACAACACGGACGAAGGGACCAGCUUUGCGCCAAAGGGCCUCAACGCCACAGGGCAAUUUCUUCGAGCUCUGGAAAGCGACUCGCCCCCCCUCAAUUCGUCGUUUGCGCAGCAGAUAGUGGAUACCUACACCGAGGAAUCGACAGACCAGAUUCUUGCCAACCAGGCUAAGGACUGGGUUCCUCCCCCUUCUGUGGGUGCUUUGUAUCGUCCAGUGGCUGCCUACUACGGCGACAGCGUCAUGAUUGCUCCAAGACGACUGGCGACACGUACCUGGGCGCAAAACCACUUGCCAGUAUGGUCAUACCGGUUCAACGCCAUCCCGGCGUGGGCAACCUACCUGGACGGAGCAACACACUUUGUCGAGGUGGCUUUCGCCAUGCGUAAUCUGGAUGGCGUUGGAUACCCACCGAUACGGGUCAAUCCUUUCGAGGGGCUUCCUGAGUCCUACCGAGAUCUUGCACGACUCAUGAGCAGCGAUCUGAUCAAGUUCAUCGCCACUGGAGAUCCAAAUGGCUGGAAGGGCCGUGACAGGGCCGCACCGGACAUUGGUGAGCCAGUGCCACGGUGGCCGCAGUACGGUUGUGGCGCCGGCAAGAAUUUCGUUUAUGAAGGCAACAAAACUCACCACAUUGAAAGCGACACAUACAGGUUGGAAGCAAUUGAUCUGGUCCUGUCUGGAAACCUAGAUGUCUAUGAUCGUUGA